UGUGUUUUUCUUCUCUGCUGACGAACCACAGACAGCUGUCAAGAUUUAGACCAAGCUGCCUGCUUUCUGGUUCAGGUUUUAGCCACUGUCUAGCGUCUUUCAGGCAGCAUGGGUCGCGGCUACAUAGUAGAAGAUGCUGUGGAGGGAUAUCUGUCUAAACUAUGUGAACAACAAGCAGGUCCAGUCACAGGGUUGCUCAUUGGCCAGAGCUCAGCCCAAAGGGAUUUUGUCAUCAUGGCAACUCAGACGCCCCAAAGAGAGGAGUCUACUGGAGCAACUGGAAACUCCCUGGACAAGGAGUGGGUGACUGAGCAUGCCCGACAGGUGUCCAGGAUGCUGCCUGGAGGACUGUCUGUACUGGGAGUCUUCAUCGUCACUGGUACUGAUGGCAAGGACGCGCUACCCACUGUCCGACAGCUGGUCUUUGCAGUGGAGAACCUGAUCUCCUCAGAGCGUCUCUGGAGCCCUGCAGAUGAUGACGUCACAGACUGUGUCACGCUGCAGGUCAACCCCAAAACCAGAAAAACCAUCUGCAGAACCUUUGACGUCAAAGACCCCAAGAGCAUAGCCAAGCCUGCAGACUGGAAGUACCAGUCAGGUGUGUGUUCCUCCUGGACCAUGGUGUCCUGUUGUGUAACUGUAGACUUGUUGGUACCACUGCCAAACAACAGAACCAGUACAGAGAACAUGGAUGCAUGUCUUAAGGAGGGACUGAAAGUGUGGGCACACCAGAUUAACCAUGGAGUUUGCCUGAUUGAUGGAAAAAAGCUGCCAGAGGACACAGAGCUCACAGCAGGACAGAAGAAGAAUGUGAGACAGACGUACACAGCUCAGCUGCUCAUCACACCGGGGGAUCAGAGGCAAACAGAUGUGGUCCAGCAGUGUGGAGGCAGCGUGUCAGUCAGAGGAACAAUCCACAGCAGAGCUUACCUACACAGCAACAAACCAAAGGCCAAGCUAGCCGAGAAGCUGCUGAAGAGGGAUGCGGUUUCUACGGUGGCCACAAGGGUUCAAAUGCUUGUGGAGGAGCUGCUGACGUCAGAGGAGGAGAGCAAGCAACAGACUGAGCAGUUCAGCCUGCCUCGUCGUGUCUUUUGUCCUGUGAAAGCAACUGGGCCGGUGUGUGUGUGCGACUACCAGUUCAGUGACGACGCCCCGUCUGAGGUGACUGACAGGCUGAAGGAGAUGCUGGACAUUGAUGCUGCUGAGGACGACUUAGAUACCAGGCAGGAAAUGGCUGCAGAAAUCACAGAGAGCAGUUUUACAGCAGGUUGUGAAGAGUCCACAGUGGAAACUGUUGAAGUGCUGGAAUCCAAGAGAAACAACUGCACGGGUGUUGCUAUAGCUACUGCUGUCGCCCUCCUCGCCGCUGCUGCCUCAAUGCUUUAUCUCAACGAUGUCUGACACACACAAACACACCAAAAUAAAGUGUUUUGUUUUGAACA